AUGUCAGAUAGAAGACCGAAGGGCCCACGACUGCUGCAGUUUCAGCAGCCUCCACUGCGUGAUUACAAGAGCAACCAAUCUCGUUCGAGCUAUACCAAUAAUCGAUUUGCAACAGGUCCAAGAAAUCAACGACCAGAACAACAGAAACAUCAAUCACAUCAACAACAACGAGUAGAACAGCAGCAGAAUCAACAUCAACAACAUCAGCAGCAUCAACAACAGCAGCAACAGAAAAGAUCACAACCUAGUUACCCUUCUGGUCCAUCAAGUAAGCGAAGGAAAGAUUAUUAUGUACCCAAUAACUCUUCUCAAAAUAAACCACCUAUUCAAAACAAACCAUCAAUACAAAACAAACCAUCUAUUCAAAGUAAGCCACCAGCUCAACCCAAGCCAUUAAUACAAAGCGAACAAUCUAUACAGAGUAGCAGGCCGUCUCCUCAAACUAAUAUAGUACCUACGUUACCAAAAAUAUAUACAUUUGAAACAAACACCUCAAUAAAAAUAGAUAAACUAAUAGGAGGAGGAACAUUUGGACUUGUAUAUAAAGCAAAUAAUCAAUCAACUAAUGAACAUAUAGCAUUAAAAAAAUUAAAACUGCAUCAUGAAAUUGAUUUAACAACCCUUAGAGAAAUUAAAUUAUUACAAUCUUUUAAUCAUCCAAAUAUUGUUAGUUUAUUAGAAGUUAUGAUUGAAAAAAAUUCUAUUCAAAUGGUAUUAGAAUAUUGUGAACAUGAUUUAACUGGAUUAAUUAGUCAAAUAAAUUUUUCAAAAGGUCAUAUUAAAAUGAUUUUUAAACAAUUAUUAGAAGGUUUAGCUUAUUUACAUGAUAGACAUAUAGCUCAUAGAGAUUUAAAACCUGCUAAUAUUUUAAUAAAUAAUUUUGGACAAUUAAAAUUAACUGAUUUUGGAUUAGCAAAACCAAUGGGAGAAUCAGAUUUAACAAAUAGAGUUAUAACUUUAUGGUAUCGUCCACCAGAUUUGCUUAUGGGAAAUACAAAAUAUGGAGUUGAAAUAGAUGUAUGGAGUGUUGGAUGUAUAUUUGUUGAAUUAUUUACAAGAAGAGCUAUAUUUAAUGGAAUGGAUGAAAUUUCUCAAUUAAGUACUAUAUAUAAUAUCUUGGGUACACCACAUUUAGAUUCUUGGUAUAAUUCAUUACCUUGGUCAAAUCUUUUACAAUUAAAAACAAGAAUUUUACCAAAAUUUGAAUCAAAGUACAAGGAAUUAUUAGGAGAUGAUGCAUUUAAUUUAUCAAAUUUGUUAUUAAAAUUUAAUCCAAAAGAAAGAAUAUCAGCAAAAGAUUCUUUAAAUCAUGAAUAUUUUAAUAAUUUACCAAAGCCAGAAAAAUUAGAAUUUUUAUUUAAUUUAAAAGAUGAAUGGCAUGAAUUUGAAACAAAAGAGAAAAGAAGAGAAGAAAGGAAAAAAAUAAAAGAUCAAGAAGAUGCUGAAAAAUUGAGAAAAAAAGAAGCAAAAGAAGAAAAAGAAGGAAAACAUCAUAAAGAGAAGGAAAAAGAUAUUGAAAUUGAAAAAGAACAAUCAAUAAAUAAUAAUGAAUCUACAAGAUCAAUAAGUAAUGAAAUUAAUUUAUCACCUCCAAAACUUGAAAAAGAUGAAACUUCACCUGAAUUUGUUGUUAGUGAAGAUAUAAAUAAUAAAAUAUGA